CGGAGCCGAGCCAUGGCGGACGGCAGCAAUACGGUGCAGGCCCGCGCGCUCCUGCAGCAGUGCCUGCACGCUCAUCUACAAGUGCGCCCGGCUGACGGGGACGCCGCGGCGCAGUGGGUGGAGAUCCAGAGAGGCCUAGUGAUCUAUGUGUGCUUCUUCAAGGGGGCGGACAAAGAGCUUCUUCCCAAGAUGGUUAAUACGCUGCUAAAUGUGAAAUUAAGUGAGACGGAAAACGGCAAGCACGUCUCCAUCCUGGACCUGCCCGGCGACGUCCUCAUCAUCCCUCAAGCCACCCUCGGGGGCAGGGUGAAAGGAAAAAGCAUGCAGUAUCACGCUAACUCCGGGAAGGAGGAAGGCCUGGCACUGUACUCCCAGUUCGUGAGUCUGUGUGAGAAAGCGCUGGCCGCCAACAGCAAGUGUGCCGAAGCGGGGGUUGUAGUGGCGCACGGCACUUACGGCAACAGGCAAGUGUUAAAGCUGGACACCAAUGGACCAUACACGCACCUAAUCGAGUUUUGAAAGACUCUCUCCACAACUGCCUCCUGGUAUAAAAGGACAGGACUGGACUUAGGUUUGGUCCCCUUCCUCUUGAAGGCACAGAUCUGCAACAUGUUUAGGCAAGAAAAUCCUGCAUCCGAGCUGGACAUAGUGACACAUUCCUUUAAUCCCAUCCCAACGCUCAGAGGCAGAGACAGCAGAUUUCGUCACUUGGAGGCCAUCCUGGUCUACCUAGCCAGUCAAGGACAGCCUGCCUCAAAAAAAUAAAGAAACUGGGAAAAUAAAUGAGUCGUUUAUAAAAGGCAGCACUGGUUUUUACAAACCCCUCUGCCUUGACUUUAAAAUAUGUUUUUAAGAUUGGAAACUGUGGCAUAGCAAUGGCUCGGUAGUGAAGAGGUUCUGCCGCUCUCCCAGGGGCCCUGGACUCAGUGCCCAGCACGAUGGGUCCUAGCAGUCUGCACCUGCAGCUCUGGGGGAUUGGACGGCUCCCAGGUGCACAGGCAUACACAUAAAUAAAAAGUAAAGAUAAAUAUUAAAAACUCCAAGGUAUUUUUAAAUUGAAAAUUAAAUAUUUCUAAUUAGCAGACUUAGACACCUGAGGACGUCGCUAGACUCUCCCAGUGUCUUAGGUGUCCCUUGGCCUCUCCUGACAUUUUAAAUUCCUCUUGCACACAUGCCCGAAAUUCCUUUUUUAUAGCUUUCCUGUACUGUUCUAUUUUGAAACUUGAGAAUCAAUAACUUGAGCUCAUUAUUCUUAACUUCUGCUUUAUUGAUUCACAAUGCAGUUGUUGAAAUGUGAUAAACUAUUUAUAAGCUUAGAAACCCCAGUUUUCCUUAAAUCUCCUCAAGGACAUGCGCAUGUCUUUCAAAAAGAUUACAUUGCUUACUUUAAAUCAUCUUGGUUUUAUGCCUCUGUAAAAUGCUGACUCACAACCCUACAUGGAGUUCAAGAAUUCUCCUCACAAAGCCGCCUGAGGUACCUGUGGAGAGAGGUAGUCAAGUUCAUGGAAGGUUGAUAAUUAGAAACGAUGACAGAUGGGGUAGGCAGAAAAAUUAUAGAUUUGGAAAUUACUUCACCUUUGCUUUUCGUAGCUUUUUUGUCCAAGGGGCUCAAAAACCCAUCAGUAUACACAUUUUAUUUUCAUAUCUAUAAUGAAGGUAGCACUAUAGAAAGAAAGAUGCUUUUUUCCCCAGGUCAUCCACCAUGGAAGAGUCAUCUCCUUCCUCUGACUUACACUGAGACUUGUUGCUGGUUCAUUGGUUUAGUUACUAAAUUAGGCGCGAACAAAAUUGCCCCUAACAUACAUGCCUCAUCCCUCGGUUUUUCUAAGAUUAUAGAAUGUUUCAAAUAAUAUACUUCCUAAAUAUUUUUCAAAGAUUUAUUUUUUUCUUUUGUGUGUAUGUGUGUGCGCGCACACACGUGCUCAUGUGUGUGCAUGUGUUUGUCCGUUGGUAUGUCCACAUGAGUGCAGGGGCCCUUGGAGAAUAGAGGCUCCCCUGGAACUGGAGAUGCAGGUGACUGUGCCUGAUGUGGGUGCUGAGUUAAGCAAUGCAUGCUCUUAGCCUCUGAGCUAUCUCCCCAAGACCCCUAAAUGUUUUUAAUCUUUCCGUUUAGAAUCCUGGAACCACUUGUGGAAAAUACAUGUAAGAUGCAACAGAUGUGGUUUUAAUGUCUGGAACACAUUCGUGUAAAGUAAAAUGAGGGAGCUGAGCAGGUGGCUUAGUGGUUAAGACCAGGGUUCAGCUCCCAGCACCCAAGUCGGGCCGUUCUCAGCAUCCUGUAACUCCGGCUCCAGGACUCUGCCCUGCAUUCAAGCAUGUGCACACAUGCACACACGUCAUUUAAUAAAUAAAUAAAGCAAAUUGAAACGUGCCUUUAUCCUUACUUCAAAUUAGAAAAAGAAGGGCAGAGGCAUGCAUGUAGUGCCUAUACAGCCCAUAAAACAGCAUCAGAUCCUUGAGAAUUAGAGUUACAGACAAUUAUUACCUGACUGUUAGCCACCAUGUGGUUGCUGAGGACUGAACCCAAGUCCUUUAGAAGAGUAUCCACUGCUCAUAACCACAGAGCCAUCUCUGCAGCCCCACAACCUAUAGCUCAUAUAUCUUCUUGCAAGCUGUCUUCAAGGCACUGUUUCUAGAACAUGUUUAUCUAUGGUACUGCACGGCUUAGAAGCUGUUGUAACUCUUUAUGUGCAGGACAAAGUCUACACAUUGAGGUUGGAGUUAAGGUUCCUGACAUAGUCAAUCAACUAGUGAGUUCUGAUCACCAAGAGUAAAAAUUAAUAUGACGUUCUCUUAUGAUAACAGUGUGGUUGCUAUUCUCCAAGACAAGUGGUGGAGAAUGCUGUAGUGCUUGAUAUUGCUGUUGGUAACUUUUAUUCUGUCAGUGUGGAGCCAACUGAUCAUUAACACAGACACUAUUCAUAAGGCAGAACCUUGGGUAAUAACUUGCAAAGAAAGAGCAAAGUCCAAGAGGCCAAAAACUCUUAAAUAUAGCAGAGAAGUAGAAAGACAAGAAGCAUCGUUGAGCAAAGGUGCUCUUCAGUACAUAAACAGGAGGCCAGCAGGAUGGCUCAGGGCUAAAGGUACCCGCUGUCAAGCUUAGUGAUCUGAGUUCAAUUCUUGGGACUCACGUGGCAGAAGUUAAGCACCAACUCCAAAUUUUCCUCUGACCUCCACAGGUACAUUGCGACACUUGUGCACCCAGACACAAAAUCAGCCAAUAAACAAAAUAUGAAAAACAAUUGGAAUUACUAAAGAAAAAUUCUGAAGAAAAAUUAAGUAAGGUCAGAGAAGAGAUCUGUGAACCUAAAAGUUAAGAGUUUUCAGAAUGGGUAGUGGUGGUGCACCUUUAAUCCCAGCAUUCAGCAGGCAAAGGCAGGUAGAUCUCUAUAAGUUCAAGGCCAGCCUGGUCUACAGAGCAAGUUCUAGGACAGUCAAGGCUAUAAUGAGAAACCCUGUCUCGAAAAAAAAAAAAAGUUUUCAGAGCUUAUAGAACAAUUUAAAUCUGUCUUCAUUACUUUCCUAUUGCUGUGAAGAGACACCAUGACCAAGGGAGCUUACAGAAUAGUUUAUUGGGGGCUUCCUUACAGUUUCAAAGGAUUAUUCCAUAACUAUCAUGGUAUUGCAAUGGGAUGGCAGCAAACAGGCAAACGUAAUGCUGGAGCAAUAGCUGAGAGCUUACAUAUUGAGAUAGUAACCAUGAGGCAGAGAGAGAGAGAGAGAGGGAAUGGUAUAAGCUUUGGAAACCUCAAAGCCACUGUCAGCGACACAUCUCCAACAAAGCCACACCUCCUAAUCCUUCCCAACCAAUUCCACCAAUGGGUUCAAGCAUUCAAACAUAUGGGCCUGCCGGGCUAUGGUGGCGCACACCUUUAAUCCCAGCACUCGGGAGGCAGAGGCUGGCGGAUCUCUGUGAGUUCGAGACCAGCCUGGUCUACAGAGCUAGUUCCAGGACAGGCUCCAAAGCCACAGAGAAACCCUGUCUUGAAAAAAAAAAAAAAACAUAUGGGCCUGUGGUGGGCAUUCUCAUUCAAACCACCAGUCUUGCAACAGUAAGGAUUCUUAAGUUUUUGUAGAAGAUAAUAUCUCACCUGUCCCAGACUCACCAAGGGAAUCUGUUGAAUGCAGAUCUAAAUCACAGUCUUAGAGUCACCAAUCUUCCUGCCAGAUGACUUUUGCACUCACCAGAAUCCCACACCCAUCACUCAGAACCAAGUCCAGACUUCUAAGGCUGGAGUCAAGGGGUUUUGUUCUGUUCUUUUGUCAUUAUUUAUAGUUGGCGGAGGGGGGAUGUAUGCCACAAAGCCAAUGUGGAUGUCAAAGGACAUCUUGCAGGAGUUGGUCCUUUCCUUCCAUCAUGUGGGUCCCAUCAUGACAUGUCCAUUAGACAGGCCUGGCAGCCCUUGGCCUACCCCACCUGGCCUGCUCUUCUGUAAUGGCUCCAGCUCACCUUUCAAAACUCCCCCCCACCCAACUGCCCUCAGAGCAUCUUUAGCACGGGUCUAGCACCAUUUUCCAGGUCGCACACUUACCUCAUUACCAUCUUUCCCACUCUAAAUCCAUCUCCGUUUGCUCUGUGGCCUCAGGCAGUCUCUUUCAGCCCCAUGGGAAUUUCUGUUGCCAUCACCCUUCGUAUUAGACUUGUACCAUUUUGAAACCUAUGAUGUACUAUGAGAUUGAGUACUUUUUAUUUCUGGACUGUAAGAGUAUAUUAACACGGAGAGGCAGAAUAGCGUGGGCAGACAGCAUACAGUCUAAAUAUUUUAUCUCCUACAGCUUUGCCACACUGCUGCGUCUGUUACCACGCUUGGGAGUUCUCAGUGAGCUCUGUCAGAGGCAGCGGUGGCGGUGUGCCAGUGGCCAGAACACUCUUGAUGUUGGUUCAGUUAUAUUGUUAAUGCACAGUGGAUUUCUUAGUUAUAAAGGUUGGAGCUACAGGAAGCAAGUUAAAUAUAGCUGCACCUUGUUUUGCUAUAAUGGAAGACACCAGAGGAAUGCUAUACGGAGGGCAAAGGACUCGUGUGUUGUCUCAGGGUUCACUCUGUAGUGUCUUUCUACUAUAGUGCAGCUGUAUUUGUAUAAAAGUUUUGUCUAUAUAAGCUCUCCUGAGUAAAUUGAAAGUGUGAGAGGUCACGGGAGAGGGUAGGACGGGACAGGGAGGAAGGGAGGGGAGUGGAGAAAAAUGUAUAGCUCAAUAAAAACUAAACAAAAAAGUUUUGUCUAUAAAACAAUGUUCAAAAAGCAAAUAUCCUUAAAAUACAGAAGUUAAGUACCAUGUAAGGAAACAUAUCUGAAUCUUUCUAAAAAUAAACUAUGAAACAAGA